AUGGCUGGCAUCAACACUGGCGACGACAAGCUCGUCUUCGAGUCUUCAGAGAAGGUCUCUGUCGUACUCGAAGACCUCAACUUGAAGGAAGACCUCCUUCGAGGCAUCUACGCUUACAAUUUUGAGAAACCGUCCGCCAUCCAGCAGCGAGCUAUCCGCCCCAUCAUGAGCGGCCGCGACGUCAUUGCUCAGGCUCAAUCCGGUACUGGUAAAACCGCCACAUUCUCCAUCUCCAUGCUUCAGUCCAUCGACACCAACCUGCGCGAAACCCAGGCUUUGGUCCUCUCUCCCACCCGAGAGUUGGCCAUCCAGAUCCAGACUGUCGUCUUGGCGUUGGGCGACCACUUGAACGUGUCUUGUCACGCCUGUAUUGGUGGUACCAGUGUUGGAGAGGACAUCAGGAAGCUUGAGGCUGGUCAGCAGGUCGUCAGUGGUACUCCUGGUCGUGUCUUUGACAUGAUCCGGAGGCGAAAUCUUCGUACCAAGGACAUCAAGAUGCUCAUCCUUGAUGAGUCUGAUGAGCUCUUGAACAAGGGUUUCAAGGACCAGAUCUACGACAUCUACCGUUACCUUCCUCCCGCCACCCAAGUCGUCGUCGUCUCCGCCACCCUCCCCCACGAUGUCCUCGAGAUGACCACCAAAUUCAUGACCGACCCCAUCAGAAUCCUCGUCAAGCGUGAUGAGUUGACGCUCGAAGGGAUCAAGCAAUUCUUCGUUGCUGUCGAGAAGGAGGACUGGAAGUUUGACACGCUUUGUGAUUUGUACGAUACCUUGACAAUCACACAAGCUGUCAUUUUCUGUAACACGAGAAGAAAGGUGGAUUGGUUGACUGAGAAGAUGAGGGAGGCCAACUUUACUGUCAGCAGUAUGCACGGUGAGAUGGUGCAGAAGGAGCGAGAUGCGAUCAUGAACGAGUUCCGAUCCGGCUCUAGCCGAGUCCUCAUCACCACCGAUGUCUGGGCCCGUGGUAUCGACGUUCAACAAGUAUCUCUCGUCAUCAACUACGACCUCCCCUCUUCCCGUGAAAACUACCUCCACCGAAUCGGUCGAUCUGGUCGUUUCGGCAGGAAGGGUGUGGCUAUCAACUUUGUGACUGUGGAUGACGUGAGGAUCUUGAGAGAUAUUGAGCAGUAUUACUCUACUCAAAUCGACGAAAUGCCCAUGAACGUUGCCGAGCUCACAUAA